AGCGACUUGGAGACAUGGCAUGUUCUCUGUGUAAGAGGGGCUGAGCCGGGCCCCCGCAGCUGACACCGAGAAGGUGGCCGGAAGCAAGCAGCACCCCGCUCAGAAAAUGAAGGCGCUUCUCUUGCUGGUCCUGCCUUGGCUCAGUCCUGCCAACUACAUAGACAAUGUGGGCAACCUGCACUUCUUGUACUCGGAACUCUGCAAAGGUGCCUCCCACUAUGGUCUGACCAAAGACAGGAAGAGGCGCUCCCAAGAUGGCUGUCCAGAUGGCUGUGCAAGUCUCACAGCAACGGCACUUUCCUCAGAGAUUUCUGCAGCUGCCACCAUCUCCUUAAUGACGGACGAACCUGGCCUAGACAACCCUGCCUACGUGGCCACAGCAGAGGAUGGUCAAUCAGAAACCAGCCCAAUGGACACUGGCCGGAAUAACCGAACUAAGGCUCGGCCCUUUGAACGAUCCACUAUCAGAAGCAGAUCUUUCAAAAAAAUAAAUCGAGCUUUGAGUGUUCUUCGAAGGACAAAGAGUGGAAGUGUAGUUGCCAACCCAGCUGACCAGGGUAGAGAAAAUUCUGAAAACACCACUGCCCCUGAAGUCUUCCCAAGGUUGCACCACCUGAUUCCAGAUGGUGAAAUCACCAGCAUCAAGAUUAAUCGAGUGGAUCCCAAUGAGAGCCUGUCCAUUCGCCUGGUGGGAGGCAGCGAGACCCCGUUGGUUCAUAUCAUCAUCCAACACAUUUAUCGCGACGGUGUGAUCGCCAGAGAUGGCCGGCUCCUGCCAGGAGAUAUCAUAUUAAAGGUCAACGGGAUGGAUAUCAGCAACGUCCGGCACAACUAUGCGCUGCGCCUCCUGCGGCAGCCGUGCCAAGUCCUGCGGCUGACGGUGCUGCGGGAACAGAAGUACCGCAGCAGGAGCACCAGCCAGGCCCUGGACAACUACGCCCUGCGCGAGGACAGCUUCCACGUCAUCCUUCACAAAAGCAGCCCCGAGGAGCAGCUCGGCAUAAAACUGGUGCGCAAGGUGGAUGAGCCCGGGGUGUUCAUUUUUAACGUGCUGGAUGGAGGAGUUGCGGGGCGCCACGGGCAGCUGGAGGAGAACGACCGUGUGCUGGCCAUCAAUGGACAUGACCUGCGGUACGGCAGCCCAGAAAGUGCCGCGCAUCUCAUUCAGGCCAGUGAGAGGCGUGUUCAUCUCAUCGUGUCCCGCCAACUUCGCCCCCACAGUCCUGACAUCUUCCAGGAGGGCAGCUGGAGCAACGGCAGCCGAUCCCCAGAGCCAGGGGACCGUAGCAACACUCGGAAGCUUCUCCGCCCCACGGUUACUUGUGUUGAGAAGAUGGUGAGUGUCCGCAAAGAACCCAGCGACUCUCUCGGCAUGACAGUAGCAGGGGGAGCGUCCCAUCGGGAGUGGGACUUGCCGAUUUAUGUUAUCAGUGUUGAACCUGGAGGAGUCAUCAGCAGAGAUGGAAGGAUAAAAACAGGGGAUGUUCUGUUGAAUGUGAAUGGAAUCGAGCUAACCGAGGUCAGCCGGAGUGAGGCUGUCGCCUUAUUGAAAAGCACAUGUUCCUCGGUGGUGCUUAAAGCUCUGGAAGUCCGAGACUGUGAGCCCCAGGAAGAUAGCAGCUACCCUGAGGCCUUGGACUCCAACCACAACAUGGCCCCGCCCACUGACUGGUCUCCGUCGUGGGUCAUGUGGCUGGAGUUACCACGGUACUUAUUUAACUGUAAAGAUGUUAUAUUAAGAAGAAAUACGGCUGGAAGUCUGGGCUUUUGCAUUGUAGGAGGUUAUGAAGAAUACAAUGGGAAUCAACCAUUUUUUAUCAAAUCCAUUGUUGAAGGAACACCAGCAUACAACGAUGGAAGAAUUAGAUGUGGUGAUAUGCUUCUUGCUGUCAAUGGAAGAAGUACAUCAGGAAUGGUACACGCUAGCUUAGCAAGGAUGCUGAAAGAACUUAGAGGAAAAAUUACCCUCACUAUUGUUUCUUGGCCCGGCACUCUUUUAUAGACUCAAAGAUGGGUCAGAGGGAAAAAAGAAAAUCCCAAACAGACUUUGAAAAACUGAAUCCUGUCAAUUUCUGUAUUUAAAGAAUACAUUGUAAAAAUGUAAACUUUAAUGUCAGGAACACUAUGGUCUAAUGAGAGCCAAUUGCACCUCACAGAAUCAAGUUCUCAAAAUAUAAAAGUUACUACUAGUUUUUAUUCAGUGUGGAGAAUUUCUUAUUACUCUACAACUUUAUGUUUAUAUUUUUCUAUCCAAUAAAAAGUUCUUAAACAGCUAAAAUGGUUUUUAUGCCCCCAAAGAAUUCAACUCAUACAAUAAAAAAUUUGCUGGUCUGUAUUUAAACAUUUCAAAAGUAAUUUAAAGUCAGAAGAUUUUAAAAGUGCAUUGCUAAAAUGUUCAUUUCAUCAAAUGAGAAAUAAAUAUUUUUCAAAAACUA